GCGGUUGCGCCGUGGAGUGCUGGUCCCUCGUUGUUGUUUCGAUUCGAACGGAGCUGGUUCUCGAUGCUCGAUGACGCGGAGCGGUGUCGCGGAUUCGAGGAGCGUUUCUGGUUUUGGUCGUGAGGGAUUGAUGCUUGCGGACGGUGUGAUUGUUUUGGUGUUGCGCGGCAGGGGUGAGUGAGUUGUCGUGAUGUUGUGCGAGCGGCUCUGAUUGGUUUGAUGAUCGGCGAUUGCUGAUGUGCGGAGAUAGCGCUCAAUGCAUGUGUGAUUUGGUCCGGAAAGAUUGACUAGAUGUGGAAACUUCACCUUUCACUGCACGAACAUGUUCCUGCCUUUGACAGGGACUAAGCGUUUCGAGGCGUUCUGAAUCUAUGUGUCACUGAAGGUCUGCUAUCUGAUGGGGAAUUGUUCAGAAGUGCUUGUAAUUUUGCUGUAGUGGGGAAGAGAAGGGGGUUCGCUUUCAUCGUGUUAUCAAAGGAUUCAUGGUGCAAGGUGGAGAUAUCUCUGCUGGUGAUGGUACCGGGGGAGAAUCUAUCUAUGGCUUGAAAUUUGAGGAUGAAAAUUUUGAUCUGAAGCAUGAAAGGAAGGGAAUGUUAUCAAUGGCAAACUCUGGCCCAAACACAAAUGGCUCCCAGUUCUUCAUCACAACAACCCGCACUUCGCAUCUGGACGGAAAGCAUGUUGUGUUUGGGAGGGUAGUUAAAGGAAUGGGAGUGGUCCGAUCAGUCGAGCAUGUUACAACUGCUGCUGGUGACUGUCCAACUGUUGAUGUUGUAAUCGCUGACUGUGGAGAAAUUCCUGCUGGGGCGGAUGAUGGCAUUAGAAAUUUUUUUAAGGAUGGCGAUACUUACCCAGACUGGCCUGCAGAUCUUGAUGAGAGUCCUGCUGAACUUUCUUGGUGGAUGGAUGCUGUAGAUUCUAUCAAGGCAUUCGGGAAUGGAAGUUAUAAGAAACAAGAUUACAAAAUGGCUCUCAGAAAGUAUCGAAAGGCCCUGCGCUAUCUGGAUAUCUGCUGGGAGAAAGAAGGGAUUGAUGAAGUUGAGAGUUCAUCUUUGAGGAAAACAAAGUCACAGAUAUUCACCAAUAGUUCUGCUUGUAAACUGAAACUACGUGAUCUCAAGGGAGCAUUGUUAGAUGCAGAAUUUGCUGUUCGUGAUGGAGAAAACAAUGCAAAAGCUUAUUUUCGACAGGGACAGGCUCAUAUGGAACUUAAUGAUAUCGAUGCUGCAGCGGAAAGCUUCUCUAAGGCGUUGGAGUUGGAGCCAAAUGAUGUUGGGAUCAAGAAAGAGCUUAAUGCUGCCAAGAAGAAGAUUUUUGAGAGGCGCGAACAGGAGAAGAGGGCAUAUCGGAAGAUGUUUCUAUAGCAGAUUCUCUACUAUUGCAGAGGAAAGCACAAAGAUUCUUGGCAAACCAACUGUAUAGAUUGGAGGCAGGGAUCAGAUCAAGAUUUUUAUUUGCAGUUAAAUAGAGUUGAAAUUCAUUAGGAUAAGAGUUUUUGUUUUACACCCGGGGGGGGACCAUCGUCGUUGCCCAAAUGGCAUGACCAGGACAUUUUUAGUCACUUCUCCACGUCGUUUCGGUUUAACUCUAAUGGGGCGUUGGGUGUUUCAGGGCCUUUCUCCUGGUGGAUACUUUAGCCAUUGAUGUCGACCACUUGUGUGACCCCCCAGCAUGAAUUGAAUCGGAAUCCAUAGCCGUCUUUCCGGUCUAUCCAUUGGAUCUGACCCUAUAAACUGAUCCCUUCGGUGAUU